AUGAGUGACGUGCUACCAGGUGCACAACGGCACGGCCAUGUGGGUGCUGCAUCGCUCGGCGAGCAGAGAAUGUCGCGAGGGUGCUCUGAGCUGAGGAGACAACUGACAGGCGACGCGGCGGCGAGAGAAUGGCGCGAGCGCGCUCUGCCUGCGGAGGUGCCGGCUAGCAGAGAAGCGAGGCAGCGCGCUGGCCGCAAGGGCGCAGACGGCCGCGGCGGUCCUGUCGUGUUUGCACCGGCCGAGGGUCGCGGCGCAACCAUUUGCCCGCAUUUCUGCCCGUUCGUUCUCGUCGUCGCCAAGACUGCGCUCGUGCGUUCUGCUAUCGAUGUUAGGACAUUGCCCGCAUAUAUCGCGACGUCAAGUGGCAUGACAGAGGACUUGAAGCUAGCAGUUGAUCCUCAUAAUGUGAGUCCAAAUGCAUCCGAAGCUAGCAGUAGUACUCAUAAAGACGACCAUUGUGUGUCGCGGAUGACUGAAGAUCACACAGUGGUCAUUUGCGAAGAGGUGCUGAAACGCCGUGAAAUUCUCUUGGACAUGUGCAGUACACGCGAAACGGAAAUCAAUAGGAAGAGAGCUGAAGCAUGGGAUGAAGUACAUAUGGCUACAAUGAAACGUUGUCAGCGAAAUCUGCGUCUUGAGCAGAUCAAGCGAGUAUGGCGACAUCAGAAAAAUCGUGUGCGACAUAUACUCAAUCUGGAGAAGCUCACCUCUGACGUUGAAGUGACGCUCGAGGACGUCAUUGCUGCCAGAAAAGGUUUUAUGACCGACUAUGAGAUUGCUAUAGCUCGUGCUUACCUUGAUGUUCCUCCACGAUCUCAUUCUCCUGGUAAUCGACGUCUCGAAGAACUGGAUCUCUCAUUUCGUAAACGGGCAGCUACAUCACCUAGCUUACGAAUUGACGACUCUGUGUCUAGCGUCUUGGAUCGGAUCGCUGCCGAGUGCGCUGAGGCUCAAACAAACUCUCAGACUGAUUCGCAAUGCAGUCCAUUGCCUGCUGUGAAAACAGAACCUUCUGUUCAACAAAACGGGAUCCAAAAUUGUCAAGAUUGUAACAAUCUUUUCGAUAUUCAUCGUCUUCUGACGUCUAUGGGGCCAACAACGUCAGCGCGUGACAAGACAGGGUCGAAGCCAGAAAACUUUGAUAGCGAUGAUUCCUCAUGUACAUCCGAGCAUGCACGUCCAGCAAAACGCAAAAGGUCGAGUCGCAGAAGGUCCUCCAUUCUUGAAGAGCAAUUUGAAAUGAUUAAAGCCCAACGUAUCGCAUUCGAGGAGCAGGCUCGAAUGUAUCAAUCGAUGAGAUCGUUUAUCGAAGAGUCAACUCGAACGAUUCGUGAUUUGGCCGGACGAGUUAUAGCCGACCGGGCAUCAGCUAUUGACUCUUCUCCCAGUGAGAGUAAUUUGGAAUUUACCCCGAAUAGCCAUGCUUAGACAGCAAACGUUUUUGUUUUUUCUCCCUGAUGUCUCAUUUUUUACAUAGUCCGGUUUGUGAUCUGAAUACGUAUAACGGGUUACAAAUAAUUUAUUAUGCAGAUUAUGCUCUAAUAAAAGCAGUUUCCACCCAAAAUCAUGCUCCUCCAUUACUAUGU